AUGGCUGAAAAUGUUUUACUUACUCUCGUGCGAUUGUUAUUGCCAUUUACUUUAAUGUUUGCUUCCUUGGCGCGUCCUGUCGCUAUAUCUGUUCUGUAUUUGGCAAUGUUCUUGGCAUCUCCUUGGCUGAUGCAGACUAAAUGUUCUUUGCAACGGACUGUGCUAACAUUUUACUUGGUAUUUGCAGUUGUAACUGGUGGAUUAUUCACCUUAGGCCAUCUGACAUUUAAUUUUACGAAUUUCUUGUUUUCUGUUUUGGAAUCAAAACCGUCCAUAACAAUUAUUUUGCGUCAAAUUGGUUUUGUAGAUUUUAAUGGAUUGCGGGCCAUUGCAAUAUUGCACUGGAUUUUACCAGAUAUAAUGGUUACACUUGUAGCCUUAAUAAUACUUGUUUUUAUGAAAAUAUCCGAUAAGUUUUUUGCAUCUAAACGUGUUUCCGAAGCAAGUCAAAACAUUGAUGAAAAUGUACUGACUCCUGGUCUAAAAUAUUCUGAAAUGAACCGACUUCUGAUAGUGGCGUAUAUACAAUCGUUUAUAAAAUCAUCCCCUAUAUUUCCUCUGAUUAUUCUCUACUUUGCUGCGACCUUAAGACCCUCAUUGCCCGGUAGUUUAUAUUUCUUGGUAUUUAUUGUGGCUGGCACAUAUUGGUCCCUAUAUCGACCGUUCAAUUGUGGCUUAUAUUAUCCACUUAUUGUUGUUAUAAUAGUUUUAACAAUGCAUAUUAUUUGCUUGCUUGUAUAUCAACAGCCUAUAGUAAAUAAGUUUAUUAAUGGCGAAUCAAUUUGGGCAAGAAUUUUGGGAUUGGAAAUUCUAUUGCUGCUUCUCGAUCGGAAUCAGAAUGGCUCAAUUUUGGAACUAAAUAAUGCCUUAUUUUUCGAUUCGUAUCUCAGUCCAAUUGCAUUGAUGUGUGCCUAUUUUAUUAUAAUUCUCAAUAUCGUACACCAUGGCCGAUACCAGUUAAUUUUUAGCACAAUUCGAACAAAAUUAAAUCAAUCGCCCGAGGAGGCAAUACCUGAGGCAGUCCACUUUCCCGAGAAGAGCCAAUCUACGGGCUCUACACCGGAGACACCAUCAACAGUGGAACAAUUUUUCUACAUGAUUACCGAUGUUACAUCGUUCAUAUAUAAGAAUAGCUAUAUAUUGCUAAAUAUUAUUAUGAUGAUCUGGUCUAUUAUAUAUCAUAGCUGGUUAACAUUCGUUUUUCUCAUUUGGGCUAAUAUCCUGUGGAUGAUACCCAACCAACGUCGCACUAUGAUGCGAUCAAGUUUCUUUGUUGUAUUGUAUGCCGAGUUUCUCAUUAUUACCCAGUAUUUAUAUGGAUUGAAUUUAAAAGAAACGGAGCUACCAACAAAAAUCAGAGGAGUAAAUGUUGAACAAAUUGGAUUUGUUCAUCCACGAAAUAUUGGUAUUCAGCCCUGCAUUCCACUGGCAGUUAAGACGGCAUUUCUAUUUAUAUUCUGGAUAACUUCGCAUCAAUAUUUUAAAGAGAAGGCCGAGGAUAAAGAUAGGAAAGAAGAUGAUAUUUUACAUCAAAUAUUUGGACCACAACAUUCUCGAUCUGAGAGCACGUUUUUUGAAAAAUCCCGUGCACAUCGGGCAUUCAUAUUCAUUUUCGAAUGUGUAUCAAAUUUCAUUACACGGAUUUGGAUGUGGAUGCUGAUAUUUUUAAUAUUUCUUUGUGCCAUGCUUGAUAAGGUUAUGACCGCUUUUCGAAUUUGCUAUAUGUCGCUUUUUCUGCUCUUUUUAAUGGUCUUCCAAAUGUCUUUGCCGUUGUGGAUUAAGUUUUUGUAUGGCUAUUGGAUGUUUGUCAUAUUCUAUGCCAUGACUAUUUUAACCAUUAUUUAUACCUAUCAAUUCGAUUAUUUUGAUCACUACUGGGAGAAAUUUUUACAUGUUCAACCCACUCUACAAACUGAUAUCGGCCUUAGGCGUUAUCGAACUAAAGAAUUAUUUUUACACCUGUUGGUUCCAACAUUAACAGUUAUUUUUACGGUUAUACAACUUCAUUACUUUCACCGUCGUUUCAUGAAAGCUGUGCUUCAUCCAGUUCGAACCGACAAGAAAAAAACUUUUGUCCGAGUGCAAAUAAGUCACCAUAAAAUUAACAAUUCACGGCCACAAUCUUGGCUGAAAAUAUUCCCCUUAGGUUAUAAGAGACUACGCUCUACGCUUUACCGAUGGUUCCGACCCAGCAAACUAGUUGCUUGGCGAUUUCUUGAAAUGCACAUGAUCAAAGCUGUUAUAUUUGCCACCUUCGUAUGUGCAAUUUCUGAGAUCUGUUGCUUCAAUCUAUGGCUUGUCAUAUUGGCAUUGAUAAGUGUCUGUGUUAAUCGCCUAUUUCGACGAGUAAUUUUUCGUAUAGUCUCAUUUUGGAUAUCUGUGCUUAUACUGAUGAAAAUGAUCUAUCAAAUAAAAUAUUUGGAUGAAUCUCAUUACAACUAUUCAUGCAAUAAUAGCACUGUCAAUUUCGCUGCUUGGAUGGGUCUUCGGAAAACUGAUCAGACCUGGGGAUCAUUACUACGCUAUAUAUCACCAUACAUUGUAUAUAUGAUCGUGACGACAUUGCAUGCAGUUGUAAAACUACGUGAUCAUUUAAUACGCUAUUCAAUGGGCGAAAAUAGGGAUCGCACGAUUCUGUUCCCUCAAACAUCUCGACAUGAUGCCGAACGAAAUUUCUCAUGUCUAUUAAAAUAUCUUCUAAACUAUGGAUACUUCAAGUUUGGAUUGGAAAUAACGUUAAUAGCACUGGUUUCAUCAAUUGCCCAUAGACGUGAUGUACUUGCUGUAACAUAUGUGCUUUGGUUGAUACUCCUCCUCUGUCUUAAGCGUAUGCACUGUGCUCGGAUUUGGUAUAUUUUUCAGUUAUAUUUCGUACUCUCAAUAUUUCUUCAAUACGUGUAUGUUAUACAUUUCCCACCAAACCUAUGCCUUGGUGAGUAUUCUUUACUAAAAACUAUAUUAAUGUAUAAAUAGUAUCCAACUAAAUCGAAACUAUUGCUGGAUUUUAUUGUGCUUCUAUUCAUCUCCCGUCAACGCAAGGCAUUCAAGGCUGAAGUGCGUCAAAUGAAUAAUUUGGCAUACCCUGGAGGUGAUAACAGAAACAUUGUUCACAAUAUUGCCAAACUGGGACAUGUUUACUUCAAGAAUCCUACUCAUGACUUUUGCUCUUUCGUCCGCAAUUAUUCGGAUGUAUUCAAGACACUGGUCUUCUGUAGCUUUCUCUGGAUAACACUGGCGAUUGUAUUUUUGGGUGGCGUAUGCAGUAUGGAUAUGCUAUCCUUGGGAUACUUAAUAUUUGCUUUGGUGUUUCUACUUCAAGGCUCCGAAGUAUAUCUACAAAACAUUCAUUUCAUCAUUUGGCGCUGGAAUAUCCUUAUUGCCUUCAAUGUCUUUAAUAUUGUGAUCAAAGUCUGUAUUAUUGUGUUUGGGAAUUUGUUCGAUAUCAAGAACAAGCAGGAUUAUCAGAGUUUGUUUGCAGUUAUGGAGUACGAUAAAUCCCUCCCGAAGAUUGAAGUUGACAAACAACCUGAAGAUUAUACCGGCUAUCAUUAUGGUCCGAAUAGCUUGAUAUUCAAGAAUAUCUUGGUGUGGCACGCGAUAAUUUUUGGCUUUGUAAUAUUUCAAAGUCGUAUUUUUCGUUCGUAUUAUUUCUGUCACAUAAUAAUGGACACUCAAGCUAAUACGGUUCUGGCAUCUCGUGGUGCUAUUAUUAUUGAGAAUUUGCAUUAUAAGCAAAUUUACGAUAGACGGGAAUAUGAAAAGAAUAUGUUGAAAAAUGUCAAGACAAAAAUGGAAAUUAUUAAAGCCAACAACGUGAAAAACUACAAAAGGAUACGAGCGAUGACAGCAACUCCAAGUUCCGUUACCCGUGACCGCACCCAAUCCCAAGAUGGUGAGCAGAUUCCAAUCGCAUCGACAACAUUAAGGCACUUAAAUUUAGCAAGUUCGUCACCGCUGAAAAGACGCGAUUUGCGUCUCCAUCCUCAUGCAGUACGUGCCGGAGAUUAUUAUAUGUUCGAGGAUCAAGAAGAUCACGACGAACCGAUGUUGAAUGAAGAGUAUGAUUUUUUGGAUAGAGAGGACAUGCGCACACGUCAAAUGCUUUUAUCAGCUAAAAAUAAAAGGGCACAAAGUAAAAGUCAAUAUAGCUCCGAUUCGGAUAUUGACUUCGAAACCAAUCCAAUAUAUAAACUAACUACUGAACUAAUUAUGCUAGUGACAUUGCGAUUGAAUCGAUUAUCUCGCAAUUUUCGAUUUGUACACAAAGUUCUGUCGGCCGAAAAGAAGACACUGCAAGACAUAAGUACAAUGAAUCGACUUGGCAUGGUUAAUACUGCGGCAAUGUUCAGUUUCCUGAAUCAAUCGCUUUACGACAAACAGAUUGAUUCUAUCAAUAGUCCGCCUAGGGAAUCGACGGUUAAUCUUGUAAAUAAAGAUGCAGACUUCACCACACUGGACCAUAAUGACUUCGUUCAAAUGUUGAUAUCAAUGUGGUAUGCGAUUAUUGCCAAUACGGAGGUGAUUAGCUAUUUGGCGGUUUUCAUUAAUCAGGUGGCCAACUCGUCUAUAAUCUCGUUGCCAAUGCCUUUCCUUGUCCUUUACUGGGGGGCUCUUACUCUGCCUCGUCCGACAAAAACUUUUUGGGUUACCCUCAUCACUUACACCCUGGGAAUGAUUUUCUUAAAGUGUAUUAUACAUCAGAAAAUCGUGUUUGACCAGAAGCUGAUAAAAAUGGCCACGACCAUGGACUUUGAGCUUUUUAUAAAGCAUGGCAAGGCGGUCUAUGAUCUUCUGCUUCUUGUUGUUCUCAUCUGGCAUCGCUAUAUGCUAAAGAAACAGGGCAUCUGGAAUAUACCCAGAUCUGGUAGGGAUCCAUUAUCAAAGAAGAAAUCUCGUAAUAAAGAGCGACCCAAUGAUGUUCUUAAGCGAUUAAGGGAAGAGUCUGGAAGUGACCUUAAAGAAAAUACGAAAAAUCGUGCAGAAACCAGUGAGUUUGAACGUGACAUGGAUGACUUACUGCGUCCCGGAAUCGAGAAUAAAUAUGUUUAUGAAAACAUUGAAUCAGAGUAUUAUCGCGCGACUAUGAAAAGUCUAGAGCACAAGGGUGGUCUUUUAUCUGGUAUUAAGAAAUUCUUUGUAGCCUUGCUCCACAAGGCACGGCUAUCAACUGAUGUAUAUACGUUAUUAUUCUUAUGCGAUUUUAUUAAUUUCUUUGUUCUACUAUUCGGUUUUCCCAAGUUUGUGUAUCGUCACAAAUAUACCACAAGUGUUCUAGAGACGUAUAUACAGGGAAAUAAGGUGCCCUUGAGCUUCUUAUUUAUGCUUUUGAUCCAAUUUGCAACCAUUGUGGCAGAACGUGCAAUCUACGUGCGAAAGGCGAUGAUUGCGAAAAUAGUUUUUCACUUCCUUACAGUGGUUGGAAUACAUAUUUGGAUGUUCUUUGCAGUGCCUUAUGUUACGGCGCAUAGUUUUGGAGCAACUGCACCGGUUAUCUUCUAUCUAAUUAAGUGUCUACAUAUGCUGUUGUCAGCUUAUCAGAUCCGUUGUGGCUAUCCGAAGCGCAUUUUGGGCAAUGUCUUUACCAAAAGCUAUUCAAUGGUUAACUAUGUCGCCUUUAAAGUAUAUAUGGAAAUACCAUUUCUCUAUAUACUUCGGACCCUGCUGGACUGGCUGUGCAUCGAUACCACGCUUACGGUUAUGGAAUGGAUUAAAAUGGAGGAUAUAUUUCAAUCGGUAUUCAUUGUACGUUGCUAUAGGCAAAUGGAUGCCGAUUUUCCGGUUAUGCGCGGAGAGCCAAAAGCAUUCUAUGCCAAGUGCUUAAUAGGUGGUACGAUCAUACUGAUAUUGAUAGGACUCAUAUGGAGUCCCCUAUUUCUAUUUGCACUAAUUGGAACUGUUGGCAAACCAAAUGUUCCUCGUGGAGCGGAUAUAUCAGUUAAAAUUGGACAUUAUGAGCCAAUAUAUGUGUCCCAAAGCGACUCUCGUAUACAUCAGUUUUCCAAACAAGAUUAUAAUGAUCUUGUCAAUAGUUUUAGUCACGAUAUUUAUUCGACUGAUCAUAUUAUGGUAUAUGACUCCGUCGACGUUACGGCAGUGAAGUUUGAUGCCAACUCCGUGACACUAUGGAAUAUGUCACCUCCUGAUAAAACGCGUUUAUUAGCAGAUUUGAAAUCAGGCAAAACAAUCGAUAUUCGUCUUCGUUUAUCGUUCAAUUCCGGCGGCACAUCGGAGACAAUAAUGCACGAAACCACUUAUACCCUGACGACGAAUAAAGAACUGACCCGCGAAAUGUUUAUCAAAACAUUGUCUGAUGAAAAUAGCAAAAAUAAAAUCAUUGUGCCAAAUAUACUGCCGAAAUUUAUCACAGUUCAAAAGAAUGAGGUGUACGUUCAAUUUAUUAAAGACUACGAAGGUAAAAAUAAUCGCCCAAUUACUCUGCAAAAGAAACAAGAUAAUGGAGAUUUGUGGUGGGAAAUGCAUGACUUUUGCGAAGACAAGUACUAUAGAAAUAUUCUUUCCAAUCUUCCAUUGAGUGAUUGCAAUGAUGGCAUCGUAUUCUAUAUUUUUAAUGAUAAAUCAUUUCCGUCUGCUAUGAGUUUUCUUGAAAAAACUGGGAUUAUCGGCCUUUACACGACUUGUGUUUAUGUGGUCUCCCGCGUUAUUCGAUCACUUAUAGCUAACAACCAUCGACGAAUAAUGUUUGAAGAUUUGCCUUUUGUAGAUCGAAUACUGAAGUUAUGCAAUGACAUCUAUUUGGUGCGGGAGACUAAAGAGUAUCGCUUGGAAGAAGAUUUGUAUGGCAAACUCCUAUUUCUCUAUAGAUCACCGGAAACACUCAUUAAAUGGACACGAUAUAAAGAAGAUAUUGGAGAUGAUGCGCCAGGCUCAGAAAAAUCUCGGGCUGCCUCAACUGAAGCUUCCGAAGAUGAAGAACGAGACAGUCGGCCGCCACCCAGGACACCUCCACCUUAAUUAUUUAAAAUUGUCUAAAUUUCGAUAUUAAAUCUCAAAUUAAAAAUA